GACUACUAACGGUGGUACUGGAACUAUCAGCGGAGGGACUUUUGGUGUUGAAUUCUUUACAUCAAAAAAAAGAGACCAAAAGAAUGGUCUUCAACUCAUCUAUAAUAUUCAAAUCCCUCCUCCACGUGACGAAACUGAUAGUGAUGAUAACUUUGAUGCAGAUAACCGAGACCCCAAGAAUUUUAAAUUCGAUGAAUAUUUAGAUAGUGAUGACUCGAAUGAUGAUGAUGAUCAAGAGAGAGCUUUCUUGGGCGAUUCGGUUACCUUUGAUGAAAGUGAAGAAGACAAUUCCGUGAAUCUCUUUUUCUUUCUAUCAGUUUGA